GGGGUGUAGUAGGCGGAGUCAGGUCAGGUGCUAUGUGAAUGUGAUGAACCGGAAGGGCUGUUGGGUUUGGCGGAAGUGAAGUUUCUGCUCGGUUGCUAUGAGAGUGAAUCAGCAUCAUGGAUGGUUCGGUGUCUAACGUGGAGAUCUGUAACCUGGCCUACACAGGAGACCUGGAGCAGCUUAAGACACUUAUCCUGUCAAAUAAGAGCUUGGCCACCAUAACUGACCAAGAUAACAGGACAGCUUUACAUUGGUCAUGUUCGGCUGGGCACAAAGACAUUGUGGAUUUUCUGUUAAGUCUUGGAGUACCAGUAGAUCCUAAAGAUGAUGUUGGCUGGACACCACUGCACAUCGCUGCAUCAGCAGGUCGAGAGGAAAUCGUGAAGGUGCUGAUUGGUAAAGGAGCACAAGUCAACGCUAUCAAUCAGAAUGGUUGCUCACCAUUGCAUUAUGCUGCAUCUCGAAACCGUUAUGAGAUUGCUUGCAUGUUGUUAGAGAAUGGAGCAGACCCCAACGUUACAGAUAAUAUCCACUCCACUCCCUUGCAUAGAGCUUCAGCAAAAGGAAACUUCCGCCUUGUACAGCUCUUGCUGAAGCAUAAUGCCUCUACAAAUCUCCAAGAUUUAGAGGGAAACACACCAUUGCACUUGGCAUGUGAUGAAGAGCGGGCUGAAGAAGCCAAGCUUCUGGUGGAAAAUGGAGCAAGCAUUUACAUUGAAAACAAGGAAGAAAAGACACCCUUGCAAAUGGCUAAAGGUGGUCUUGGCUUACAGCUGAGGAGAAUAAUAGAGGGUUGAAAAUGAACAUUUGAUUUAUGAUGCCAGCCUAAAAUCUGGUAUUUGCCUCAAAACGUGGAAUAUGAUCAAGGUGGGGAAGCUGGAUUCUGAGUGCUUGUAUUGGUUGUGUACUGCAUACUAUCUCUCCAAGUAUGUGCACAAUGCAUGUUGUUGCCUGCAACUCACGAAGUACAUAGACUUGUCUGUGAAUGAAGGUCUCUUUCCCAUGGUCUCACUGAUAUAAUAUACUUUGAUCUUAACAACCCUGCCAAUAUGAAGCAGGAUUUGUACCAUCAAGUGACCUGUCAUUGAUCACAGAAUAACUUCUCUUUCAUACUUUCAGUGCAGGGUCAAAACUACUCAUUGAUCGAGAACAUUCAAAGAAGGCAGCAGUAGUCACUGUAAACAGAUGGUUUAGGUUUAGGUGCGAAAGAUGUCAAUGGAAAACUAGAGAUGUGAAAAUAUGAAGACAGAAGUGUGAUUGGUAAUGCUAACAAAUCUCAGUCAUAGGACGUGUUUUAAAAUGUUAUAAUUAGUGACUGAAAAUUUCUAAGGAUUGUCAUUGAAUGAUGAACAUUCCAAUUAAAAUUAUUUGAAUCAUUUUUCCACAGCCUAUGUUAUACUUUCCACACUAAAUUUGCUGCUCAGAACUUCACACAAUUUGCUUUGUAUACAUCCUCCCCCACUCCUCCCGCCUCCAUUUUGAGAUGUCACUGUUUGUUUUAUGGAUCAGCGAUAAACCUGUUGCUUGUUAAUAUUGCUACACACAGUUGAGGAAAAUAUUAUUUUGAUGGAUUCUAUAAAUGAAUGACUUGAGACUAGCGGAAUUCUAAGCAGAUGAAGCAGUGUUCUUGUCCUUUAUUGUUAGUUAACAUUCAAUUGAGUACAGUUAUUGUUGAUUGACUUGACUAUCUUCAUUUUGGGCUGGGAUCCUCUUUGGCUCCUUUAGCAAGCUGGGACAGAAAAAGGAUUAAUCUGAGUAUGGCAGUUACUUUAAUAACCCAUUAUUUUCAUCUUGUUGAGGACAUUAAACACACUGUUUAAUGCAAUGGUUGAUUGUCUUUGUCUUUGUCUUUUUUUUUUGCUGAAUCUCGUGGUAGAAUUUGAAGGACCUGUCUCAUUUUGUUCUUUGCUUUCUAAGGAUAUAAAGAUUCCGUGCAGCAUUAACAUUUCAUGUUGAUUUCGCAUCUAGAAAUAUUUACUGCAGUAUAUUGUUUGUUUUAACGUUGUUGUGGAAACCAAUAAUGUUGAAAUAAACACAACGUUGGAGAAAGUCAUGUCUGGCAACAUCUGUGGAGAGAAACAGUUAACCUUUUGAUUCUGGUAUGACUCUCCUUCAGAACUGAAAGGUGAUGGAAAAUAGAUUCUUUUUUAUAUUAUUGACAGGCAGAGGUGAAACAUAUUGCACAAAAGAUGUAAAUCAUGGUGUGAAGGGUCCUGGAUCAUGGAGUCCUUGCAGUAGAUUUGGUGUCAGGCUUGGAUUAAUGAGGAGGAUACUCCUCUCCUGAGUCAGAAAGCUAAGUGUUCAAGUCCCACUCGAGACUUGGGCCUAAAUGUAAGCUGGCACUCCAGUGGUGCAUUGUUAGUUGUGCUAUCCUUCAUUAAGAUAUUAACACGAGACUUUGUGAAUUUGCAUUAUUUUUAUACUUUUUUUCUUAUUUCUCCACUAUUAGCAACUUUUUUUGCUUUGGGCCUCUAUAUUAUGGUCACCUUACUCCUGUGCCUUUGUCAAAAGUAUCAAAAAGUACCUAUUUUCUAACACUUUUCAGUUCUGAAGAAGAGUCCAUGUUUGAAGUGUUAUCGGUUUUCUCUACAGAUGAUAGAUUUUGAGCAUUUGCAGUAUUUUGCCUUUUGUGAAAAAGGAUGUUAUCUCUUACUAAUUCCAUUUUGGUUGAGUGAAAGGAAGUUAUUGAUGGAACAUUUCGAUGUGUAAAUCAGUUGAAAUAAUAACAAAAAGUGCCAGAGAUGCUUGGCAGAUCUGGUGGUAUUGUGCAGCAGUAAGAUGAAAUUUAAUUGAAAGUGCUGCUUCUCUUCAAACCAACUGUUCAAUGAUGUGUCUUUGUUUGCUGGUUAUAAUUCCUGUAAUAAAGAUUUGUACACAAUCA